UUCUUUACCUGCACACAUUGCAGAGAAGAACAAAGCAGAUAGUGGAGGGAGAAUUUUUUUUGCUCUUUUGAAAGUUCAGAUAGCAAGAGAAAUUCACCAGCAAAGAAUGGUUAGCCUUUUCCUCUGUCAUAUGCUUCGUUCAUGUUUGAAUUCUUCUAUAACAUGCAUCUAUCUAUAUCACGACGGACAUGAUUCAGAAGAUCCAAAACAAAGCACUGCUGAUAUGACGGCUUUUGUGCAAAAUCUUCUUCAGCAAAUGCAAGCUAGAUUUCAGACAAUGUCGGACUCUAUUGUUACAAAGAUUGAUGAGAUGGGAAGCCGCAUAAAUGAGUUAGAGCAGAGUAUCAAUGACCUCAGAACAGAGAUGGGAGCAGAGGGUUCUCCUCCUUUGCCGCAAUCAAAAAAGCCAGAUGAAGUAAAGCCGGAGGAAGGUUCUGCCUAGGCUUUUGGUUUGAAUGACUAUUUUGAACCAUGAUUUGAGUUAAGUUUGAUGCUUGCAUUUUGGGUUUAUGAAUCUUGUUCAAGAAAUUAAACUCAUUAUUUUAUGAGCCUUGAAUUCCCCAGACAUUCCUGCACUCUGGUAUUCUUCUUCUGUACUUGUCUUCUCUUGGAUGUUAUGAUGGUUUCCUAAUAGUGAGUAAUGAAUCAUGUUUAUGCAUUGGCGCUUCCGUUGCCAUGCAAAUGGCACCAGCGGUGCUUCAAACUGUGCAGAUUUGCACAAGGAUCAUUCAAUUAUAUGUUCUACAAUUAUAUUUUUGGAUGGACUUCA